AUGGAGCCGUCGGCAGCCGAGAAGCCGGAGGCUGCCGGAUAUGCGGCGGACGCGGGCGCGGCCGCGCCGGCCGCGGGGGCCGUGCCCGCGUUCAACCCGGAGCUGGUGAAGGAAGCCAUGGAAGCGGUGGCACAGGCCACGGCAGCGACCGAAGAGAAGCCCCAGGAGAAGUUCGAAGACUUGGAGCUGAGGGCCAGCUUGGCGAAGCUGAGCGAGGGCCCACCGGAAGGGCUGCGCCAGGAGCUCGCCAACGCCGCCAAGAUCCUGCGGCGCUUGUCGGAGGACGUGAGCAACGUGAAGCUGCACGCCAUGCGCCGGGACGUGCUGGAGCGGACCGUGGGGGAGGGCCUCUUCUUCACCUUCGAGGCUGCCGGCUUCAAGGAGCGGGUGAGCGACAACGGGCCGGUGCUGCAGUGGCAGGGCCCGGACCACGUGAAGGCCCUGAAGGAGGUGCUGGCAGAGGUGCAGCGGGCGGCGGAUUUGCUGCUGGACCCCGAGCAGAUGGGCUUUGACCUGGUCUCGGAGAUGGUGGCCACAGGCCGAUGCCUGCCCGGCAUCCUGGAGGUGAACGACAAGGUAGCUGAGCCCAUCGUGCCCAAGGAGUCUCAGCUCCCGCGGCCCAAGAAGCCCUGGGCCCUUAGCCUGAACGAGGGCCUUUUCAACCAACUUCCAGCGAGCCUGGAGCUCAUGUACAUCGAAGCGGUGGGUCCCAUCAUAGAGAGGUGUUUCUUUUUGCGGCACUCCGGAGAUGCCUGUGUUCACCGCAGCAGCGAGCUGGGCCUGUGGCCUUUCGGACUAUGGCCGCCUUUUGCCCAGCUGAAGGCGAUGGCGAAGCGGGAGUCUUGGAUGGGCAGCGGCGUCCUGGUACGCUGGCGGAAAGAGGGCGGCUUCGGCUUCAUCAAGCCUUCGGACGGUAGCGGGGACCUCUUCUGCCACGUGAGCCAACUUCGCCAGGUGGAAGGCACCAUCAAGGAAGGCGACCGAGUACGCUACACCGUGACCCAGGAUGGCCUCUCUGGGAAGCGGAUGGCAGGAAACGUCGUCCUGGACCUCUCCCGUGGCCGGAGAUCCAGCCCAAGCAGCAGCCGCAGUAGUAGCCGCAGCCGCAGCAGGCAGAAGAAGAGCCGAGGCAAGAGCCGCAAGAGGAGGAAAGACAGGAGCAGCAGAGACAGCUCCAAAGAAAAGGAGAAAGAGACCGAUGCUGAAGAAGCAGAGGUCAAAGAAAAGAAGGCAAAGGAUAAAGAGAAGGUGAAAAAGAAAGAUAAGGAGCAUGAGAAGGAGAAGGAGAAGGAGAAAGACAAAGAGAAAGACAAAGAGAAGGAGAAGGAGAAAACAAAGGACAAAGAGAAAGACAAGGACAAAGAAAAAGACAAGGAGAAGAAAGACAAGAAAAACAAGGAGGACAAAGAGGAGAAGGAGAAAGAAAAGGAGAAGGACAAGUCUAAAAAGGACAAAAAGAAGGAAAAGACCCGCGGAGCUGAGGCGUCCGCAUCCGGGGCGGAGCGCCGGUGCUCCGGUGUGGGUGGCGGCCGUUGCUUGGGCUCCAAGAUGGACGACUUGGGCCUCACUGCGCAGCCCAAGGCAAUCGGUGAACACGGCGAGCUGCGCUACAACAUGAUUGGUGAUUCACUUGCUGGCAUCAUCCACAAGAAGCCCAAGGAGGGUGGCAUCUCCGCAGUGGGUGGCACUGGCUCGAUCUACACCUUCUAUGGUCCUGAAGAGCCGAAGUUCAAGACCCUGACAGAGAAUUUCCUGAAGAGGGACUUGGAGCACGUCAUGCCUUCCUUGGGCUUGUCCGAGGAGCCCGUUCCACUCUGGUGGACUACCGACUUUAUCCUGUCCUCACCCGUGGGUACUCCAACAGACCAGGAGAAGUGGAUCGUGGGCGAGUUCAACUGCUCCUGCGUCGGUAUCUCCAAGUGCUUGCCUGCCUACUGCAAGGAGGACACGCCCAAGGCGUGCUACACGGACAUCCCCGCGGAGGACUUGAAGGAAGCCCAGCGGUACGGGGACCUCAUGGGCCAAAAGGCACUGGGGAUUUUGUCGAAGAGUGGUCCGGUCGACGUGUCUUCCAUCAAGAAGGUCGCCAAAGACAACUUGGGCCUGCGCCCGCAGCCCUCCAAGCCAUUCUACAAGACUGCGCUAGCACAGAUCUAUGUCCGCAGCCAGCCGUUCGGCGGGUCGGACAAGAGCUCGAACGGCCACCGCUACGAUUCCAUCCCCUUUGCCAACGGCAUGAUCAGCUCCGGCAUGAGCUGCCAACUCAUCCACUACACACAUGAGGAGCAUGACAAGUUCUUCGAGGUUUGCAAGAACUUCAAUGCCAUAAUCGUGCGGUGCAACCCGGGACAGAUCAAGGCGGAUGGCGGCGACCAGGGAAAGUUCGACAAUGGCAUGAGGGUUAUGCGCAAGCUGGGCAUCCAAGUGUGGCCUUCCCCCGAUGUCAUGGAGUUCAUGGGCGCCAAGGAUGCCUUGUGCAAGGUGGCGCACUUGAACAUUGGCUUGGAGGACACCUUGGCGUACUACUCGCCCGAGGAGUUUGCCGCUGGCUUUAAGAAGACCAUGGCUUUCCAGCCGCGAGUGAUCAAGCAGAACCGAGGCUCGUCCGGCGAGGGCAUUUGGAUCGUGAAGUUGAAGAAGGGCAACUACUGCAAGACCUACGGCGAGCGUUCCUGCACAGAUGAUGAGGUGCUGGACAUGAUGGAAGCCAACGACAACCAUGCCGAGGAGCACACCGUGGCAGAGUUUGUCGAGUUCUGUGUGAGCGGCCGCACGGCUAAGUCCGGCACAUGGACGUCCAAGGGAGUCGGCAAGUACUUGGAGGGUGGCAAGGCAGCCGGCGGACAGCUUGUGGAUCAGCGCUUUUGCCCACGUAUCGUUGAGGGCGAGCUGCGCUACAACAUGAUUGGUGAUUCACUUGCUGGCAUCAUCCACAAGAAGCCCAAGGAGGGUGGCAUCUCCGCAGUGGGUGGCACUGGCUCGAUCUACACCUUCUAUGGUCCUGAAGAGCCGAAGUUCAAGACCCUGACGGAGAAUUUCCUGAAGAGGGACUUGGAGCACGUCAUGCCUUCCUUGGGCUUGUCCGAGGAGCCCGUUCCACUCUGGUGGACCACGGACUUCAUCCUUGCCUCGCCGGUGGGUACGCCAACGGACCAGGAGAAGUGGAUCGUGGGUGAGUUCAACUGCUCAUGCGUCGGCAUCUCCAAGUGCCUGGCAGCUUACUGCAAGGACGACACGCCCAACGCUUGCUUCUUUGACAUCACUCCGGAGGAUUUGAAGGAGGCCCAGGGCUACGGGGACAUGAUGGGCGUCAAGGCAAAAGGCAUCCUCGACAAAAUGCAGGCGCCCGUUGACGUGUCAAGCCUCACCAAAGUUGCCAAGGACAACUUGGGCUUGAGGGCGCAGCCGCAAAAUCCCAAGUACAAGAUGGCCCUCGCGCAGAUCUAUGUACGCAGCCAGCCCUACGGGGGCUCGGACAAGAGCUGCAACGGGCACCGCUACGACACCAUCCCCUUUGCCAAUGGCAUGAUCAGCGCUGGCAUGAGCUGCCAGCUCAUCCACUACGUCCAUCAAGAGCACGACAAGUUCUUCGACGUGUGCCAGAAUUUUGAUGCAAUCAUCGUUCGUUGCAACCCGGGGCAGAUCAAGGCGGAUGGCGGCGACCAGGCCAAGUUUGAUGACGGCAUGCGAGGUAUGCGCAAGCUGGGCAUUCAGGUGUGGCCUUCUCCCGAUGUCAUGGAGUUCAUGGGCGCCAAGGAUGCCUUGUGCAAGGUGGCGCACUUGAACAUUGGCUUGGAGGACACCUUGGCUUACUACUCGCCAGAGGAGUUUGCCGCUGGCUUCAAGAAGACCAUGGCAUUCCAGCCACGAGUGAUCAAGCAGAACCGAGGCUCGUCAGGAGAAGGCAUUUGGAUCGUGAAGUUGAAGAAGGGCAACUACUGCAAAACCUACGGCGAGCGUUCCUGCACAGACGAUGAGGUGCUGGACAUGAUGGAAGCCAACGACAACCAUGCCGAGGAGCACACCGUGGCAGAGUUUGUCGAGUUCUGUGUGAACGGCCGCACGGCUAAGUCCGGCACAUGGACGUCCAAGGGAGUCGGCAAGUACUUGGAGGGUGGAAAGGCUGCCGGCGGACAGCUUGUGGAUCAGCGCUUUUGCCCACGUAUUGUUGAGGGCGAACUGCGCUACAACAUGAUCUGCGAUACGCUGGCUGGCAUCAUCCACAAGAAGCCCAAGGAGGGUGGCAUCUCCGCAGUGGGUGGCACUGGCUCGAUCUACACCUUCUAUGGUCCUGAAGAGCCGAAGUUCAAGACCCUGACGGAGAAUUUCCUGAAGAGGGACUUGGAGCACGUCAUGCCUUCCUUGAACUUGUCCAAUGAGCCCAUCCCGCUGUGGUGGACUACUGACUUCAUCCUUGCCUCGCCCGUGGGUACUCCAACGGACCAGGAGAAGUGGAUCGUGGGUGAGUUCAACUGCUCCUGCGUUGGCAUCUCCAAGUGCCUGGCAGCCUACUGCAAGGAUGACACCCCGAAGGCCUGCUUCGAGGACAUUGCGCAGGAGGAUCUGAAGGAGGCGGAGCGAUACGGGGACCUCAUGGGCGUAAAGGCCCUGAGCAUCCUGGAGACUGCGCGGGCGCCGGUGAGUGUGGCAUCCAUCACCAAGGUGGCCAAGGACGAUCUGGGAUUGCUGCCUCAGCCCAAGAAGCCCCUCUACAAGAUGGCCUUAGCGCAGAUCUAUGUGCGCAGCCAGCCGUACGGCGGAUCUGACAAAAGCUCCAACGGGCACCGAUACGACACCAUCCCCUUUGCCAAUGGCAUGAUCAGCGCUGGCAUGAGCUGCCAGCUCAUCCACUAUGUCCAUCAAGAGCACGACAAGUUCUUCGACGUGUGCAAGAAUUUUGAUGCAAUCAUCGUUCGGUGCAACCCGGGCCAAAUCAAGGCGGAUGGCGGCGACCAGGCCAAGUUUGAUGAAGGCAUGCGAGGUAUGCGCAAGCUGGGCAUUCAGGUGUGGCCUUCUCCCGAUGUCAUGGAGUUCAUGGGCGCCAAGGAUGCCUUGUGCAAGGUGGCGCACUUGAACAUUGGCUUGGAGGACACCUUGGCUUACUACUCGCCCGAGGAGUUUGCCGCUGGCUUCAAGAAGACCAUGGCAUUCCAGCCACGAGUGAUCAAGCAGAACCGAGGCUCGUCAGGAGAAGGCAUUUGGAUCGUGAAGUUGAAGAAGGGCAACUACUGCAAGACCUACGGCGAGCGUUCCUGCACAGAUGAUGAGGUGCUGGACAUGAUGGAAGCCAACGACAACCAUGCCGAGGAGCACACCGUGGCAGAGUUUGUCGAGUUCUGUGUGAACGGCCGCACGGCUAAGUCCGGCACAUGGACGUCCAAGGGAGUCGGCAAGUACUUGGAGGGUGGAAAGGCUGCCGGCGGACAGCUUGUGGAUCAGCGCUUUUGCCCACGUAUUGUUGAGGGCGAGCUGCGCUACAACAUGAUCUGCGAUACGCUGGCUGGCAUCAUCCACAAGAAGCCCAAGGAGGGUGGCAUCUCCGCAGUGGGUGGCACUGGCUCGAUCUACACCUUUUAUGGUCCUGAAGAGCCGAAGUUCAAGACCCUGACGGAGAAUUUCCUGAAGAGGGACUUGGAGCACGUCAUGCCUUCCUUGGGCUUGUCCGAGGAGCCCGUUCCACUGUGGUGGACCACGGACUUCAUCCUUGCCUCGCCCGUGGGUACCCCGGCAGACCAGGAGAAGUGGAUCGUGGGUGAGUUCAACUGCUCCUGCGUCGGCAUCUCCAAGUGCCUGGCAGCCUACUGCAAGGAUGACACCCCCAAUGCGUCCUAUUACGACAUCUCCACGGAGGACCUCAAGGAGGCUGAGGGCUAUGGCACUAUCAUGGGCCAGAAGGGCCUUGGCAUUUUGGAGAAGACUUUCCCUUUCUAA